AUGGUCCGUCUUUCUAUCCGCUCGAUUGCCGUCAUGGCCUUUUCCAUCCUUGCUGCUGCAUCGCCGACCGUCGAUCUUGCCAACCGCCCCGCUGUGUCUGUUGCGCCCAUCACAAUGACUACUGUUCCCACCAUGCAGGCUCCGAUUGUGGCCGCUGAUAACAUUCAGCUUGCUGCAGCGGAUACCCGUCGCCAGGAGAUUCCCCCUAUGUAUCUUCCUCAACAGUCCGCGGCUUUCAAUGCUCCCAAGGGCGUUUCCGACUUGUCUAAAAUGCGACCCAUGGUCUCCUGCUCUGAGAGCGAAUGCAUCAAUGAUAUGACACCCAAAGAGCAGCAGUUGUUCAAGAACCAGUGCAAACAGCUUUUGCUUGCUCAGCAGCAGAAGAACAUUGUCAACGGACAGAGCCGUGUUGCAAAGGCUACUCCGCAACUAAAGUUUUUCCAGCUAACUGUUCCAAGCCAGGAGGCCAACCAGGGUGUUGCGCAGGGUGUUGCGCAGGGUGCUGCUGGAAAUGUUGCUUUGCUGCUGCUGUUGCUGCCCAUGCUGCUGCCAUUUGCUGCCACUGCUGCUGCUGCUGCCCGUGUUGCUGCCACUGCUGCUGCGGCGAUCGUCCCGUUUUUGUCUCUCCUUGUACUUGCCCUGGCUAAUUAUGUGCCGAAGGAGCCAAUCAACGCCAACUCUGUGCCGGCAUUUACCUCCACCGCACCUCGUCUUGCCUCCAACAUAUUUUCUUUCGAGACAGCCGUACCAACUAACAUACUUGUGGCUCAUGUUGAAAUGUGCAACAGUAUGCCAUUGGUGAUUCCAGCUGCCACUAUGGUCAAUGGAGAAAUCCCUGCCAACCACGUGCAGACAUUGCAGUGUCAAGAAUAUCACGCCCCUGUUAUCGUCGCCGCCCCUGUUGCUGCUGCGCCUACGCCCGCCGUUGCCAAAGUUGAGCCCGAGGCCAUCCAGGAUGACUCGGAGGCAACAUGGAUGUUUUUUCCGCGCCCUCAAAAUGUCAACAUGACCCUGGAGCAGGAGCAGGACCAAAAGUAUAACAAGGUUGCAGAACAGAAGCGCGUGGUUGCCGCUCAAGCGACGCCAAAGGAGUGCGCUGCUCUGCAGAAGAAGGCCGAGCUUCUGCUUACUGAAAGUGCCAAGGAGCAGAGUCUGGUUGUUGAUCAGCAGCUGAGCACCCAUAUGAUUGCAAACUCUCACGAUGUCAUUGCGGACAGCAAUACUGCGACUUCGAGUGUUUACUUGGCACCCAGAUGCCACAGAGCCCUUGUUACUUGUGUGCCUACUGAUGCCCCGUCGCUCAAUGUAUGUCCGACUCAUCCCACAUCCGAGUCGGCAUUCAUGCCAUCAAAUACGGUGACUAUACUUGUCUACACCCAAGGCGUGAACAGCACAGAGGGGUACUGGGGUCCAGAGGGCAUGUAUCCGCAUGACAACAUGAUGCAGUUUGGCGGCAAUGACCAGCACCAAUCCUACGGAACCAUGUUUAUCAACGACACUGUUGUCAAUGGCCUGCAUUCAUACAUUUUUAUUGGCAACAACACAAUGAUGGAAGGUUGGAUGGUUAUCGGCAAUGACACUACGGCACUGGAUACCCAUGUCAAAAAUGAUACUGUCCGCGGUACAAACCUUGCUGCCAUUGCUGCUGCCACUGCUGCUGCUGUAAGCCAUGUUGCUGUUGUUGUAAGCCCUGCUGCUGCAAACCAUGUUGUUGCAAGCUAUACUUUCAGCAGUCUUGUGGCAAUCAGGGUGGCUGUUGUGAAGGCAGCGGUGAUAGUGGCUGUUGUGAUAAUGGUGGUGGAGAUGGCAGCAGUGGAGACGGCGGUGGCAGAGAUUGCAGCGGCAGAGAUGGAGGCGGUGAUUGUAAUGGCGGCGGCAAUGGCAACGACAAUGGCAAUGGCAGCGAAUGCGGUGGCAGUAACGAUAAUGGCAAUCAUGACUGUAAUAACAAUUGUGACGCCAAUCAUGAUGGCAAUGGCGAGUUUUAUAACUGUGGUGGUGGUGAGAACCAUGGUGAUGGAUCUGGAGGACAUUGUGGACAUGAGAGGUGUGAUGCAGGUGCCUGCAAUUCUGGCCAUGGGUUUAUUGCCAACAUACGGCACACUGAGAAAUGUAUGCAACCCUGUUCCGCUAGCUGCUAGCACAGUCACUGUGGACAAUGUUCUGCAUUUAUUGCCGGCGCCAAACGCAAGGGCUUUGCCACAUAAAAAUGCCGACUCAGUCAAGGUUCCGCGCGCCAUUUAUCCAAUACCCCUUCCUACCAAUUUGAGUGUUGUAUCUCCUUUUGCGGCGGCUAUCAAUGUCAGAGUUGCUGUUCCAGCGGCGAUUCCGGCCGUUCUUCCAGCAACAAUUUUUCCAGCUCAACUAGCAGUGGCCCCAGUUAUAAUUCCUGCUCUGAAGCCCGCGGUGAUCCUAGCGACUAAUGCUGCCACGCUGCCUGUCACCUAA